AUGUCUUUAAAUACUAAAUCAUAUUGCCUCUUUAUAGGUCAAUCAAUUCACAAUUCACUUCUCCUUUCGGAAUCAUACCCAAACAUUACUUCGGCAGAACUUGGCCACAGUUUUCCUUAUGCUUUGCUCGGUUCCUUUGCGGUGCUUUUAGCAAUCAGUUUUGUAUAUUCAACACCAUCGGUCGAAAUUGAAGAUAAUAUCGAUUUAAACUUUCUUAUGCCUAAUAAAAAACUCCUUGAUAUUAUUGGAUUCACAUUAGCAGUACAACCAUUUUGGACAUGGUUCCCUUUGUCAAUUCUAACCGGCAUCCAUGCAGACUUAGGUGACACGACGUUUGCAAGUAACCUUUUUACAGCACAAUAUUCAGCCUGGGCAAUUUGGUGUUGUUUAUAUCUUAUUUCUUUAUGCUUUAUAUGGAGAAGAUUGAAUUCAGUUAUAAAAUAUCAAAUCAAAGAAUUAAAAAGUCGGUUAAGAAGUGGAUUGGAGGAUGCUGAUAGUGAAUUAGAACGUUUAGAGAGAGGAAAAAGAAAUAUAUAUUUUCCGAUGUCAUGUAUAAUAUCUGGUAUAAUGAUUCAGGUCAUUUUCUUGGCAGCUAUUCUUGCUUUAGUACAUACAAGCGAAGCAACUUGUGCAAACAAGGCUGUCUAUGAUGAUUGUAAUAGUAGGGGACAAACCCAACUAAAUGCCUGCUAUGCCAAACCUAAUGACUACCCUUGUCAGUGUACUGCGAUGACAGCCAUUCGUAAUUGCUAUCGUCAAUGUCCGGAUGAUACAGACAUCACUAGCCAAGGAAAUGCCUAUCAGACGUCUGUAGAUCAAGUGUGUAGUUAUGCAAAUCAACAACUGACAGCCUCAUCAGCUCCCGCUCCAACUCAACCAACUAUGGCCCCAGCUGGUCCAACGGCUCCAACGACUCCAUCGAAUCCAUCGAAUCCAUCGAAUCCUCCUGCUUCAAGUGGAUCACCAUCUAACCAACCUACAAAGUCUGACACACCAUCUGGUACAAAAUCUUCUGCUAAUUCCAAUAACAAUGGACGACAAAUUUUCUUUGCGGCUGUUCUAUCAAUAGUGGUUCUUAUUAUGGCGUUUUAA